UCUCCAUCUACAACAGCAAUAACAACAACAAUAACAGUUAACAAAACUCUAAAAUUUCUGUAUAGUCUAAGCCUGAAUAUCGACAAGAUUGAAUGACGUGAUAUUUAUGUUCAUGUGUUAGAGCAGCUGCUGUUACAUAUGUGGGUGUAUACAUCAUAGAAGCGUAUGUGUUCUAGUCAACACAGAAAUGGUAUUUUCUUUUACUAUUUUCACGUCAAUUAGUUUCGAUAUUUAUUAUUUUCGGGUGAUUUGAGGUGGCAAAUUAAAGCAAAACACUUGUGGUUUAAGGAGACUGCAUAAAUGUAUAGAGCAGUUGCUGUUGUGUCAAUGUGAAUGUGGAGUGUGAGGUAUGUAUAUGGAGAGCAUCGAAAGUCUGUGCUGUGCGCUGUGCGUGUAGCCAGUCGUCAGUUGUUCAUUUGUUCCGUUGUGUGCCAUUCGUCCAUCAGUUUGAGUUGUCCGUGUCCGAGGUAUUUUGACUGGUAAUCGACGAGUACUUGAAGAAAACCCAUGCAGAUAGAAUAAUUAGUAAAAUAAACAUGUGGUGGUGGGUCAAUUAGAAGUGAAGAACGUCAAGAGGGUCAAGAAUUGAGGGUGUGAUGGAUGAGUUACGCGCAUUAUGUAUUAUUCAUAAUCGAGAGAAAAGUAGCACCAGUGAAAAACGUCAAUUGUGAAACAACACGAACUAGAGGGACGACCUGGAAAAUGGCUAGUGAUAUUUGGCGGAGACAUGGGGUCAAGGGGGUGUACAGACAAUUCCAGUGCGCUGAACGCCUCCAGUUGUUGCGACCAAUCGUAUUUAUUUGGUGGCUUUCAACAAUUUUACUCUGUACCAACGCAGCAUCUCAAGUUAGAAUUGCAACUGGCCCAUCUCCAGAUUUUAGCACACACAGUAUCGUGCGACCACAGAUAUAUCAUGCUCGAAGUAAGCGAGAAAUUGUCGAUACGAAGAUAAAUAGUUUUGACCACGCAGAUGUGCUCACUAUCGGCUUAGAAAUCGAUAGAAUUAAACGCACGCUCGAUCUUUGGCUCAACACAGAUUUAAUUCCCGUAGGAUAUAAACAAAGAAGACAAUAUAAAGGGAAUUAUACAACUGAGAUACCUCAACGAGUUGAAAUAUGUCACUACCAAGGGAGCAUCCGUGGCAUUCCGGACUCCUGGGCGGCACUAUCGACGUGUCAAGGGCUUCGAGGUGUCGUCUACGACGGUGCAAACAUGCAUUACAUUCACCCUGAGGAAGAAUCCCUAGAUAGCAUUCACUACUUGUACAAAGACAUUCAUCUGAUAUCUAAUAAUACUUGUGGAUACGAAGGAACACCCCACAUCACGACAGCUCCUCCGAGAGGUGGACAAUCGAGACUAAAGAGAGCUGCUGACGAGGUAAUCCGUGGCCCUUACAAUGCUAAUCGUCAGUCUCGGUACGUUGAACUAGUGCUCGUGAUCGACAAGACAGAGUACAUCGCCCUAGGGGAGAACCUCCACAAAGUUCAUCACCACUGCAAAGACAUAGCGAACAUAAUAAACGCCCUAUACACACCAUUAAAUAUCUUCGUGGCCCUCGUGGGGGUCGAGGUCUGGACAGAUAGUGACGCAAUAACUCUCUCCUCCAAGGGUGAUACAACAUUGGCAAAUUUUUUGCGUUAUCGAAAAGCAAUGCUUGUGAAAGAAAUACCAAAUGACAAUGCGCAAUUGUUGACGCGUAUCCAUUUUGAGGAUGGAGUUGUGGGGAAAGCACUGAAAGGUCCCAUCUGUACAUACGAAUUCUCAGGAGGAGUCUCCAUGGAUCAUUCCAACGUUAUUGGCCUGGUGGCAGCAACAGUGGCCCACGAAAUGGGCCACAAUUUUGGCAUGGAGCACGAUUCAGCUGACUGCAGGUGUCCAGAGGAUCGAUGCAUAAUGGCAUCAUCCAGUGGAUCAACAGGUCCAGUCCACUGGUCCUCUUGCUCGCUAGAGUAUCUGGCCUUGGCUUUUGAGCACGGCAUGGAUUACUGUCUUCGCAACAAACCCAAAAAACUCUUUGACAGUCCAAUAUGUGGCAAUGGCUUUGUCGAGUCUGGAGAGCAGUGUGACUGUGGUCUCAAGGACAACUGCGACAAUCCAUGCUGCAACUCGUUGACAUGCAUGCUGCAUCCAAAUGCAAGCUGUGCCACUGGUGAAUGCUGUGAUUUGACAACGUGCAAACCGAAAAAUGCAGGGACAGAGUGCAGAAGUGCUGAGCACGAGUGUGAUCUGCCAGAGUACUGUACAGGACAGAGUGAAUACUGUCCGAAUGAUGUUUAUAAGAUUGAUGGAGAGGUGUGCAACAUGGGAAAGGCUUUCUGCUACCAGGGCUCAUGUAGAACACACAAUGAUCAGUGUAAACUCCUCUGGGGUCCCAGCGGCUCGUCAUCUGGGGCACCGUGUUAUGAAAUGAAUAAUAAGGGUUCCAAGCAUGGAAAUUGUGGUUAUAACAGAUUGGAUUCGAGUUAUAUCAAGUGUGAUAAUGAGAAUAUAUUGUGUGGAAUGCUUCACUGUCAACAUUUGAAUGAGAGACUUGAGUUUGGAAUGGAGUCAGUUGCCAUUCUCACUCAUUCAUUUCUCAAUCAUGGUGUCAAGAUGAUAGCGUGCAGAACUGCUAUAGUUGAUCUUGGAUUGAAUGAAGUUGAUCCUGGGUUGGCACCCGAUGGGGCCAAGUGUGCUCCUGGCAAAAUGUGCGUCAAUCAGAAGUGUAUGCCAGUUGAUAGUCUCAGAGCGAGCAUCAAUGGGGGCUCUGCUUGUUUGAAUAACUGUGGGGGCAAUGGUGUAUGCAAUAGUCUUGGUCACUGCCAUUGCAAUAAGGGCUUUCGUCCACCUGAUUGUCUUCAACCUGGGUUUGGAGGAUCUGAUGACAGCGGACCAGCUGAGGAUCCAAAUGCCCGAAAUGAUUUUGUUACUGCUCUCUACAUCAUCUUCUUGGGUAUCGUUCCAACUGUUGCCCUGAUUUCUCUAGCUAUGUGGUACAAACGAAACAAUUUUCCUGGUCAGACGUGGAAGAAGGAGUCAGUAUCAACACACGAACGAGGUUUCACCAUUAAAACCCUUGACCGGCCUGGUAAGCAUCAGCGUCAUGCACCACAUGUAAUCGAAACAAUAGAUGCCAAGUUGAAUGAGGAUCCAGCGUGUACAAGUCUCCUGCCAAAACCACCCAGCACCGAGAGAAUCAACAAUAACAUGUUUGGCCAAUUCAAGGGCUUCACCCUGAGUCCUCUUCCAGCCGUCGUCAAAAUGACCAAGUGCUCUGCAAUCCCAUCGAUCCCCUCGAUUACCAUAAAGACUGGUAAAAAGUUAUCAGUUGAUAAUAAUAAUCCUCCGCAAUGUGCCUUGUCGUUGCAGCAAAUGAGCUCAACAAAUUCACAGCCAAAUAGAGAGUCUGAGGAUGGCCUGUUGGGAGAACCACCGGCACUGCCACCAUUGAAUCCGGGAUGUACAGCUAAACCUCUGAUUAGCAGCCCAGUACUGGCAGCCACAACUUGCACAUCGCUGGAGCUCGUUGAAACAAAAAUACCAACACGACCAGCUCCUGACGUGCCAGCUAGACCGAUUGAAGCUCUCAGAGUCGGUCGCAACGUCAACAUCAACACCAGCACUUUACCAAUAAUACCAUUCAAUGUGGACAGAGAAUCACAGAAAAAAAGUGAUAAGGAUCGGGAAAUCAAAGAGAAGUUCUCCACUCUCAACAGAAUUGCAUCAAUAUUAAAACCAGGAAAUAGUCUGCGAGCCAAUGAAAAUACUGUGAAAACCGAUGAAACAAAUUCUCUUCCCCACAAUCAACACCACAAAGCCAACAAGAUUAUUGACAAGGAAAUAUUGCGUAAGUUGGAAAUAUCAAAUCCAAUCCCCCAGAGUGAGAUAAAAAUCACAGCGCCUGUCGUGCCGGUGUCAUCAUCGAGUGUUGAUGAACUUAAUGAUGAAAAAAAGAGCAUUGUGGCUAGAGCUCAGUCAAUGAGAAAUUCAAAUGUCAUGUCUAGACCAGUGAUACAGACAUUCGGAUCGAUGCGUUACAAAAAUCCCAAAAGACCGACAAGUAUUGCUAUCAGCGCGAGACCAACCUCACCACCCCCUCCAGUUCCACCAAUUUCUUUAUCAUCAAGUACAAGUACUUUUUUAAAUGAUGACAAUUUGAAAAUACCAGGAUUGCCAGGAUAUCAGAAUCCGCCAAUCAAAAUUGACAAGAAGAUGCAAUUGCCUGCUGACAGUGCGUACGACGACUGUAUGAAUUUGAUGCAGGAGUCAUCAUUGAAGGGAAUCACUGAGGAAUUACCAUUAAACGAUAAUAUUUAUGCAGUAAUUGAGGAGCCUAAUGGAAUAACAAAAGCACGGGCUACUUGCAAAGUUGAUAAUGAGUAUAAAGUUCCAUCAAGUUCAAAAAUGAUCGAUACUGAGAGGGAUAUAAGUGAUAAGAAAUUAGAGAAUGACACGACAAUGGGUUUACUAUCAGAAAUUGUAUCGGAAAUAUCAAACAGGAAUUUCGACUCGAUAUAUUCAGCUUCCUCAUCCAGAUUGCCAGGCCAGAAGCAACUAAAGGAAGAUAAUUGCCUCAUCAAGGGGAAAUUAGGAUCCAACAGUUCACUCACAACUUACACAAAUGCCAACGAUUACAAAGCAUCAUCAGGGAGCAUAUACUCAAACUCUAUAUCUGCUAAAUUUAACUCGGCAGCAUCAGAAACGAGUUCAGGAUAUCUUCUGCCAUCAGCUGUGAAUGUCCCAAAGGACUCAGGAGCCAAAAAACAAGGCUUCCAUACUCUAGACUCACUCGUCACUGACAACGAUAUCCAAAUAGGUGAGAGUGGGUCGUCUACCAAAGAUAAUGUAAUAAUCAAUUCACCAAAUAAAUCGACGACGUCUUCUAAUGUGAGACAAGUGUUCCCGGCUCGAUCAUCACCAUUGGAUUGUUCCAAGAGCAGAGCAUCAGAGAAGGAUCAGAGUACCAGUGAUUCCAGUGAUGUAAAUGCCUCCAGCAAGAGUUGGUCGGUUAUGAAAGGGACAAGGGGAUCAGCUGGAAGUAGCUCCAGCAAGAAUUUCAGUACUAAUCCAACGUACAAGAGUCCGGAUCUAAUAUCCAGUUGCUCUACCUCCACGUCCCCCAGUUCAAGGGCAGCACCAUCUCCAGAUAUUGUAGCUGCUAAUAAUCCCAAAACCGUGAGCACUCCACAAGUUUCAGCGAGUUUGAAUCAUCAAUUGAGUACUGCUAGUGCAGCUAAAAAUUUAAAAAAAACCACAGCUCCAGGGAAAUUGUCUGGGGGUAAAAGCCCCGGUACUGCUUCUCAGGCGGCAAAACUCCUAUCAACUUCAGCUUCAUCGUCGGCAUCAGCUGCAAAACGACCGGAAAUUGAUGGUUCGAAAGCAAAAUCAACAGCACUACGAGAUUUUGCCCCGAGUAAAUCUACCGUUGCCUCGUUGCAAAUGAAAUUUGAACAAAAUAAGACUGCCCCGACCAACCCAAAGCCCAGUAUUUCCGCAAAGAAACCAGUUGCCGGUAAAAACGUCGGUAAUCAUAUUAAUUACAAAGGAACUAAGUGAAAAGGGGGAAAUGUUUAUUUAAUAUAUUCUCACAUAGACUCUAGUCUGAAAUAUACUAUUAACUCACUGCUAUUGUACAAUGUAAAUAUCAAAAAUUCUGCACUAUGUUUCAGUUUUCUUCUCCAAUCGAUGAGACUUUAUUUUUACUAAUAAAUGUAUCAACAUAACUAUUAUUAUUAAUAUAUAAUAGUGAAUUCCGUUGCAUUUGUCAUUUGCUUCACUGUCAAGAGUUUUGUUUCAUUUUUUUUAUCCUCUAAAAGACGGGGGAGAAUAAUGUAUAGAUGAGCUAUGGAUAUUAUUUGUAAUUGUAGUCACAGACGAUCCGAAUAUAUUGGUGAAAUUAUACCGAAUGGCUUGCUUCAAUUCAUUGACAUUCAGUUACUACGUUACUAGUAAUGCAAAAAUUUUAUGGGAUAUUAUCUCGCUGGUGAUUUCAUAUGCAAGGCGUUGCUACUGUUGUUUUUCUUUAAUUAUGCAUUUCAGUGUAACAAAGAUUAUUCACGACAAUUG